UACUGCUAAACCCUAAGGUAAAGAGUAAUAACCACAUACGCGACGUAGAAGAAGCUAGACUGCUGUCAAUGGCCAUGGCCACAUGCAGCUGGAGGUCACCGGCAAUGCGGGUGCAGAUGACGGCGUCGAAGCAGUUUCAGUCUCCGGAGCGGCGGUCGGCGAACUACCAGCCCAAUUCUUGGGACUACGACUCGCUCCAGUCGUUGAGGGGUGGUCGCGCUGCUCAAGACAUGGACCACCCAUAUGUUUUCGAUAAAUUGAAGGCUAGCGUAAGGAAUCUGAUGAUCAACAAACCCGAACCAUCUGCUAAGCUUAGGCUCAUUGACACCAUGCAACGUCUUGGUAUCUCAUACCACUUUGAGGAAGAGAUCAAUGACAGCCUUAGCUCCAUCUCCAUGGACAGUGCCAUGGAUGCUACUGCUGUGAUGGCCUUAAGAUUCAGGCUGCUCAGGGAAAAUGGUAUUGGUGCCUCCACAGACACACUGAACUGUCUCAAGGAUGGACGGAAUGGUGGCUUCAGGAAAACGCUUAAAAAAGACAUUGAGGGGCUUCUCUCACUCUACGAGGCUUCUUACUUUGCAUUUGGAGGUGAAGAUAUCUUGGAUGAAGCAAGAAGAUUUUCCUCUGGUGCUUUAAGGGAUCUUUUGCCAUCCAUGGAUCCCCAUCUCAAGUCCAAGGUAGCUCACUCUUUAGAACUUCCAUUACACUGGAGGGCACCGAGGCAGGAGGCCAGAUGGUUCAUCGACCAUUAUGCAAAAGACAUGAAUUCAGAUCCCUUGAUCGCUAAAUUCUCCAAGCUGGACUUCAAUAAUGUGCAAAACAUGCACAGACAAGAAAUUGCAAUGCUAACAAGUUGGUGGAAGGACGACGUUGCUCUUGGCGAAAAGCUGACAUUUGCAAGGGAUCGUUUGAUAGAGUGCUUCCACUAUGCGAAUGGCAUCGCGUGGGGGUCGAGUGUGGGAAAGUGUCGGGAAGCGAUUACUAAAGCAUUUGCUCUGGUAGUGCACCUAGAUGAUGUUUAUGAUGUCUAUGGGACUCUAGAUGAACUUACACUCUUCACUGAUGCCAUCGCAAGGUGGGAUAUUAAUUCGAGUGAAAUGCUCCCUGAUUACAUGCGACCAAUAUAUUGCACUAUCAUCAGCACGUCGAAUGAGAUGGCUGAGCAUGUGCUUAGGGAGCAUGGUCUUAGCACCCAUCAUCUUUUUCAUAAAGGGUGGCAUGACCUAUGCAAGGCGUUCCUAGUGGAGGCAAAGUGGCACUAUGGGAACCAUAGACCAUCCCUAAAUGAGUAUUUGAACAACGGAUGGAUGUCAUCAUCUGGGCCACUUUUGUUGCUCCAUGCUUUUCCCUUGCUCAAGGAGAAAAUUAGCUCGAAGUCCCUGCAAGAGCUUGAGGGCUACCCAAGUUUAGUUGAAUCUGCUUCGCGAAUUUUCCGACUCUGCAACGACUCCGCAACUCACUCGGAAGAGCUGCAGAGAGGGGAUGCACCUUCUUCUAUAGCCAUCUACAUGCAUGAGAACGGUGCAAGUGAGAAGGAAUCUCGUGAGGCCAUGCAUGAACGCACCAUUGAGACAUGGAAAAUGAUAAAUGAGGAUGCACUCUGCCGUCGCCAGUACUCCAAGUCCUUUGCCAAUGCUUGCUUGAAUUUGGGGCGCAUCUCGCACUGCAUUUACCAGGGUGGAGACGGUCUCGGUGCACCUGAUGAUGAAAAAAGGAAACAAAUCAGGGAGCUCUUCUUGGAGCCUUGCGUAAUUGAAGAGGAAAACAUUUUGCUGCCUCGGAACUAGUGAUACAAGUUCUGUUUGAAGGGCAUAAAACUAAAUACUGCUGUCAGUAAAUGUACUCUAUGUAGAUGGUUAAUUACAUGAGCAACGAAAAAAAAAUAGUUGGCAUGUGGCGUGUGCUUUUCACAUGUACUGUCGGAUCCGUUGCAUUCCUUUACCUGUUAGAGCAUGCAUGCCUCGGCAAGGAGGAUUUGUUUGGGAUUUCAUUUAGACUUGGUAUAAGCAGCCGGAGGUCGACGUCAGCGUGGCCGCGCUGGCCCACUUCUCGUGUUGUACAGUCAUAUGUGUAGUACCUUCCGUGUUUCUUGCAUGCAAUGGAUCUUUCCCCCUUAACGUC